AUGGAUGGCGUCCCCGGUGGCCAUCGCAGCACAGGCCGGCAAGCUUCUGCGAGAGCAAGCGCUGCAGCCACGGCUCCUGGCGGUCAGGUCCCAGAACUUCUUGGUAUCCAUGAACAAGCAGCUGUAGGAUUCUUAACAUUAAUGGAAGCUUUACGAUAUUGUAAGGAUAUGGCUUUAGUUGCCCCUGAGGCACCUUCUGAACAAGCCAGAAGAGUUUUUCAAAUCUAUGAUCCAGAAGAUAAUGGAUUCAUAGCCGACUCCCUUCUGGAAGAUGUGAUGAAAGCUUUGGACCUUGUUUCAGACCCUGAGUAUAUAAAUCUCAUGAAGAACAAAUUAGAUCCAGAAGGAUUAGGAAUCAUUUUGUUGGGUCCAUUUCUUCAAGAAUUUUUUCCUGAUCAGGGCUCCAAUGGUCCAGAAUCUUUUACUGUAUACCACUACAAUGGAUCGAAGCAGUCAAAUUAUAAUGAAAAGGUAAUGCAUGUGGAAGGGACUGCCGUGGUUAUGGGCUUUGAAGACCCCAUGCUACAGACAGAUGACAUGCCUCUUAAACACUGUCUCCAAACCAAAUGGCCAUGCAUUGAGUUACUGUGGACCACAGAAUGCUCACCUUCACUCAACUGA